AUGGAGUGUUUAUUUAAAGAAUAUUAUUGUGCAGGUGCUACUUAUUUAUUAUCAGAAGCACUUAAGGAAAUCUGCAAUUCUCAUGGAAAAGUUAAAAAUGCUGUAACAGUGAUGGCUAAGAAGCAUUAUAUUUCAACAAAACGAUCAGGAGGUGCAGAGCAUAAUACUUCCUCCUUUACUAUUAUACAAAAAGAUGUGAUUAUUCAUACAGAACACCUUGCAGAUGAUGAGAAUGGUCCAAAUUCCCAUAUAAAUUCUAAUAGUCUGAAUACAGUAACUAAUAGGUGA